CUUCCAGGGCACAACAAACUUGGGCGGAGAGCUUCCGUGUGGCCCCCCGGGCGAGGCCGCCCACGGUGGCGAGGCCAUCCGAGGGGAUGCCCGGUUCGUCCCCCGCUCCAGGAGCCUCUCCGAGAGCUCGCGCCCCGGGUAGACCCCAGCUGGCGAGGGCGCGCUGGAGUCCCGAAGUAGCGGGGACUAGGGCAGCCAGGAGGCAGGGGAAGAGAUCUCACUUCCCAUUAAGAACACGCUGCAUUCUCGGGUCGUGGAUGCGGCUCCCACGGAGAGCCGGUGUUCCGGUCCUGAGUGGGGCGCGCGUCGCACUGGGUCUUAGAAGGGAAUGAUUCCCCAGUAAUAUUCCCUGCCCUGAUCCAAAGUGCUGCUUGGCCUCCCUCCCAGGGAAGACUGCUUCUUGUAUAACGCCGGCCACAGAAAGAGACUCCGAUGGACUUACACCGGGCAGCCUUCAAGAUGGAGAACUCAUCCUACCUUCCCAACCCUCUGGCAUCCCCAGCACUGAUGGUCCUGGCAUCCACGGCUGAGGCCAGCCGUGAUGCUUCCAUCCCUUGUCAGCAGCCACGACCCUUUGGUGUACCUGUCUCAGUUGACAAGGACGUGCAUAUUCCUUUCACCAACGGUUCCUAUACCUUUGCCUCUAUGUACCAUCGGCAAGGUGGGGUGCCAGGCACUUUUGCCAAUCGCGAUUUCCCCCCUUCUCUACUACACCUCCACCCCCAAUUUGCUCCCCCAAAUCUAGAUUGCACCCCAAUCAGUAUGCUGAAUCAUAGCGGUGUGGGGGCUUUCCGGCCCUUUGCCUCUACCGAGGACCGGGAGAGCUAUCAGUCAGCCUUUACGCCGGCCAAGCGACUUAAGAACUGCCAUGACACAGAGUCUCCCCACUUGCGCUUCUCAGAUGCAGAUGGCAAGGAAUAUGACUUUGGGACACAGCUGCCAUCUAGCUCCCCCGGUUCAUUAAAGGUUGAUGACACUGGGAAGAAGAUUUUUGCUGUCUCUGGCCUCAUUUCUGAUCGGGAAGCCUCAUCUAGCCCAGAAGAUCGGAAUGACAGAUGUAAGAAGAAAGCAGCGGCACUGUUCGACAGCCAGGCCCCGAUUUGCCCCAUCUGCCAGGUCCUGCUGAGGCCCAGUGAGCUGCAGGAGCAUAUGGAGCAGGAACUGGAGCAGCUGGCCCAACUGCCCUCGAGCAAGAAUUCCCUUCUGAAGGAUGCCAUGGCUCCAGGCACCCCCAAGUCCCUCCUGUUGUCUGCUUCCAUCAAGAGGGAAGGAGAGUCUCCAACAGCAUCACCCCACUCAUCUGCCACUGAUGACCUCCACCACUCAGACAGAUACCAGACCUUUCUGCGAGUGCGAGCCAACCGGCAGACCCGACUGAAUGCUCGGAUUGGGAAAAUGAAACGGAGGAAGCAAGAUGAAGGGCAGGUAUGUCCCCUGUGCAACCGCCCCCUGGCAGGAUCGGAGCAGGAGAUGAGUAGGCAUGUGGAGCAUUGCCUUUCUAAGAGGGAAGGCUCCUGCAUUGCUGAGGAUGAUGCUGUGGACAUCGAGCAUGAGAACAACAACCGCUUUGAGGAAUAUGAGUGGUGUGGGCAGAAGCGGAUACGGGCCACCACUCUCCUGGAAGGUGGCUUCCGAGGCUCUGGCUUCAUCAUGUGCAGCGGCAAAGAGAAUCCAGACAGUGAUGCUGACUUGGAUGUCGAUGGGGAUGACACUCUGGAGUAUGGGAAGCCACAAUACACAGAGGCUGACGUCAUCCCCUGCACAGGCGAGGAGCCUGGUGAAGCCAAGGAGAGAGAGGCACUCCGGGGCGCAGUCCUAAAUGGUGGCCCUCCCAGCACGCGCAUCACGCCUGAGUUCUCUAAAUGGGCCAGUGACGAGAUGCCAUCCACCAGCAAUGGUGAAAGUAGCAAGCAGGAGGCCAUGCAGAAGACCUGCAAGAACAGUGACAUUGAGAAGUGCUGGGAGAGUGCAAUGGAGAUGAGGAGCCUGGAGGCAGAGAGGCUGUCUGGAAGAAUCACUGAAGAUUCAGCUGUGACCACGUUUGAGGCUCUGAAGGCUAGGGUCAGAGAACUUGAACGGCAGCUAUCUCGUGGGGACCGUUACAAAUGCCUUAUCUGCAUGGACUCGUACUCAAUGCCCCUAACGUCCAUCCAGUGUUGGCAUGUGCACUGCGAGGAGUGCUGGCUGCGGACCCUGGGUGCCAAGAAGCUCUGCCCUCAGUGCAACACGAUCACAGCACCCGGAGACCUGCGGAGGAUCUACUUGUGAGCUAUCUGCCCCAGGCAGGCCUUGCCUCCAGCAGCCCCACCUGCCCCCAGCCUCUGUGACAGUGACCCUCUCCCUUUGUACAUACUUGCACACAGGUUCCCCAUGUACAUACAUGCACAUACUCACACACACAUACACACACAUUUACACAUGCAGGACUCUGGAGCCAGAGUAGAGGCUGUGGCCCAGGCACUACCUGCUGGCUCCCACCUAUGGUUUGGGGGCCAUACCUGUUCCAGCUCUGUUCCCAGGGUGGGGAAGGGAGGUGGGGGUGGGGGGAGUAGUGGGGCACGGCUCCUGAGAUCCAGCCCCCAGACUGACAGAUGGACAGACAUGCAGACACCAGACUGAAGCACAUGUAAUAUAGACCGUGUAUGUUACAAUGUUGUGUAUAAAUGGGACAACUCCUCGCCCUCUACCUAUCCCCUCCCCCUUUGGUUGUAUAAUUUCCUUCUUUUUUUAAGAACCCCUGGAAGCAGUGCCUCCUUCAGGGUUGGCUGGGGGCUCGGCCCAUCCACCUCUGGGAUACCUGCCUCUCCCUCUCCUGUGGUAUUCCUUCCCUCUCCCAUGUGCUCGGUGUUCAGUGGUGUAUAUUUCUUUUCCCAGACAUGGGGCACAUGCCCCAAGGGACAUGAUCCUCUCCUUAGUCUUAGCUCAUGGGGCUCUUUAUAAGGAGUUGGGGGUUAGAGGCAGGAAACGGGAACCGAGCUGAAGCAGAGGCUGAGAUGGGGGGCUGGAGGACAGUGCUCCUGGCCACCCAGCCUCUGCUGAGAACCAUUCCUGGGAUUAGAGCUGCCCUUCCCAGGGAAAAAAGUGUCUCCCCGACCCUCCCGUGGGCCCUAUGGUGUGAUGCUGUGUCUGUAUAUUCUAUACAAAGGUACUUGUCCUUUCCCUUUGUAAACUACAUUUGACAUGGAUUAAACCAGUAUAAACAGUU